AAAGGCACCACUGCUCCCUCCAUCUCUCCUGCUGGUGCCUGUCUCUGAUGCUGGGCCAUGUCGCUAGCUGCCCACCUCACUGAUCUGGGGCUUGAAUUUGCCAGCAGCAGCUUGGAGGAGAUACACCAGCUCGAUGACCCACUAGCCUUUCCUGCCUCACUGGAGGAGCAGUUUCCCUGCACAGACCUGCUGUGUGUGUAUUCGGGGCUGGAAUUGGAUGAGGUGCCCAGUGGCAUCAUGGUAGAUGGGCUGCUGGACAAGCACGAGCCGCAGGUUGUCGGGGACAGUGUCACAGUGCCAGGUGACGCUGAGCAGCCGUUACCCCCCAUUGCAGCUGGCGAGGGCCUGCUCUGGGUGGAGUCACCCAACAACAUCUUGGAUGAGACGCGCCUGCUUGGCGGCACUAGGGUUUCCCUGGACAGAGGGGCCUGUCCCCUGGGCCCAGGGGAAGCCAGCGGCCUGCACAGGUCUGGAGACGAGGAGAAUCCCAUGGCUGGGUCCACCAGGGAGCAGACAGGGAAGCAGCCCAGGAGGAAAGGUCGCAAGCCGAAGCCCCCCCGCUGCCUUUCCCCCAUCACCACCGCCCCUGGCUUUCCAAUCUGCAGGAAGAGCAAGGAUGGCAAAGGUAAUGCCCUCUACCUGUGGGAGUUCCUGCUGGCGCUGCUCCAGGACAGGAACACCUGCCCAAAGUACAUCAAAUGGACCCAGCGAGACAGGGGCAUCUUCAAGCUGGUGGACUCCAAGGCAGUGUCCAGGCUGUGGGGAAAGCAAAAGAACAAACCCAGCAUGAACUACGAAACCAUGGGCCGAGCACUGCGGUACUAUUACCAGCGUGGCAUUCUGGCCAAGGUGGAAGGGCAGCGGCUGGUAUAUCAGUUCAAGGAGAUGCCCAAGGACCUGGUGGUGAUUGAGGAUGAGGGGGAAGCAGUGGGCAAUGUGAACCCCAGAGCCAGCCGCUCAGCCACCAGGCCCUCUUCCCAGAGCUCCCCCCUCCAGAGGGCCAUGUCCCCCACUCGCAGCAAGAGGGAGUCUGCACCAGCGACCCAGCCUCGGGAGUCCGCAGCUGCACCAUGUCCUGCUCCCAAAGUGCAGCAAGGGGCCAGCAAGCCACCCUCCCAGGCCGUGGGCUCCCUGCUCCUACCCGGUCGCUUGGGGCUGGGAUCCCUGACUCUCCAGCCCAUCCCACUCACCACAGUGCUGGCCCUGGGAAACGCUGCCAGUUCUCCUUUUCCAAGCAGCACCCCUGCUCCGGACAGGCUCCCGCUCCAGCCUGGGUUCCCCAUGAAUGGGUUCCCCAAGCCACUGCCAGGCCCGGGCAGCAGUAUCUCAGCAGCAGGCCCCCUCCUGCCUGCUGCCCCGCAGCACUCUUUGACUAGCCUGCUCCAGCCAAUGGCUCUGACUGGCCAGCCAGGCACUGUUGUUGCCACCAGCAUUGGGACAGUGGAGGCCAGCGGCAGCUGCCUGGCUAUGCUGGAUCGCCCGCUCCCGAGCCUGCUUUCAAGUGAUCCUGCCACGCUCGCUGGCGUGCUGACAACACAGGCGUCACAGCAGGAGAGCCUGCCUGGCCGCGCAAAGGUCCAGGAACUCCAGCCACCAGCUCGAAGCAGCUCCCAGGAUAGCAAAGCAACAGCAGCCCUGCCAGCAGGAGGCACUGACAGCUGCACCCAACUCAGCCGCCCAAAGGUGGGCUUGACACCCGUGGUGGAACUGGAAUUAGCCAUCAGCUCGGAGGCAACGUUCCCUGGUGAGCAGAUGGCUCAGCUCUUGGCAAAGCCCAGCUCUGCCCCAGCCCCUGCAGCGCUGCUGUCUCUAGGCAGUGGUGACAUCAAGGAGGAAUGCUGGGACGUGGUGUGA